AUGGAAUCAAUCAAAAAUCAAUUAAUUCCACUUUUAAAAAAAAAUUGGACAUUAAAAGGAAAAUCAAAAAUAAAACUAUUAUUAGAAAUUUUAUUACCAUUGAUAUCAAUUGGUAUUUUAUUUGGUAUAUUAUAUUUAUCAAUGAUUAUUACAAGAGAUUUUAAAGAAAGACCAGCAAGUGGAUUUGCUUUUGAUAUUGCACAUACAAAACAAUUAUUAAUUGGAUCAAAUGGUGGAUUAAAUAGUGAUCAAAGAAAUAUACUUGAUAAUUUAAAAUUACAAGUUUCAAUUCAACAUCCAGAAUUUAGUAAUGAUUAUAUUAAUAGAUGUUUUGUCGAAUUUAAAGAUAUUGAAUCAAUGGAUGAAUAUUUCCAUGAUCCAUUUAAUUAUAGAGGUGUAAUGGGUGGUGUAUGGUUUCCAGAUGAUAGUUUCAAUGGAAAUACAAUUAAAUAUAGUAUACGAGUUGAUUCGGAUUUUACACAUGACAAUACACAGCAAUUUCAAGAUAGAGAAGAUUCACAAAUUUAUUUAAGACAUUAUUUCACACAAAUUCAAACUGGAGUUGAUCAAGCGAUUUUAUUAACCAAUCAAAUUGCAAUACCAAUAUUCGCAACUGGCCAAAGAUUUCCAAAUCCGUAUAUUUCAUUUUGGGAGAAAUGGACCGACGGAAGGAAAUUAAUACUUUUAAAUACGGGUGGUGUGUUUAUUACUGCAUCAUUAUUUGCAACAUUGUUUACAUUGAUAACAAAUAUUGUAAUUGAAAAAGAAACUAAAAUAUUAGAAGGUAUGAAAACCAUGGGUUUGAAUAGUUUUGCAUAUUAUAUUUCAAAUUCUAUUAUAUCAUUGAUUACAUUAUUAUCAUCAACUUUAUUAGUUUCAAUUAUACUAUCAGCAUCACAAUUAGUUCAUCAUGUAAAAUGGAUAACUUUAAUAUUAAUAUUAAUACCAUACUCGAUAACAUUAUUAUUAAUUGCAUUUAUUCUAUGUAAAUUUUUUACAAAAUCAAAAUAUGCUGGAUUAAUGGCAUUUUUAAUAGUAUUAUUAUUAUCUGGUAUUGGAAUUAUAAUUGGUCGUUUUAAUAUAUCACCAACUUUAAAAUUAUUAUCAUGUUUAUUUUCACCAAUUGCAAUUUCAGUUGCAAAUUAUGUUUGGUGUUAUAAAGAUUUAAUAGUUUUCAAAGAAGUUGAUAUAAAUGUUAAUAUGGUAAAUGAAUAUGAAAUUAUUGGAAUGUUAGUUUUUGAUAUCUUUUUAUAUAUUCUCAUUUUAUGGUAUUUAGAUAAUGUUAUAACUGGUGAAUAUGGUAUUCCAAAGAAAUGGUAUUUCUUUUUAACAAAGAAUUAUUGGAGAAAAAAUAAAAAAUCAAAUAUUAAUAAUAAUGGAGUGUUUGACGUGGAGGCAACUUCAUGUAAUAGAAAUAGUUCAUAUAAUGAAAAGAAUUUUGAAAAAAUUGAACAUCAAUUAGAAAGACCAACAAUUUCAAUUAGAAAUUUAAGAAAAGAAUUUAAAACUGGUGAUGGUAAUAGAAUUGCAGUUAAUGAUUUAUCAAUUGAUAUGUAUAAAAAUCGAAUUCAUUCAUUUCUAGGUCCAAAUGGUAGUGGAAAAUCAACAACACUUAGUAUGUUAACUGGUAUGAUUGAGCCAACAUCUGGUGAUGCUUUAAUUAAUGGAUUUGAUAUUAGGAAUAAUAUAGAUGAAAUUAGAAAACAUUUAGGAGUUUGUCCACAAUCUGAUAUAAUUUGGGAACAGUUAACUGUAAUGGAACAUUUAGAAUUUUAUGCAGCAUUAAAAGGUUUUACAAAUUCAAAUCAAAGAAAAGUUGAAGCUACAAAAAUAGCAUUAGAAGUUGGAUUAGGUGAAAAAUUAAAUGCACCAGCUGGAACUCUAUCAGGUGGUCAAAAACGUAAACUUUGUUUAGCAAUUGCAUUCAUCGGACCAAAUAGUGAUAUAAUAUUAAUCGAUGAACCAACAUCAGGUUUAGAUGCAUCAAAUAGAAGAUUAAUUUGGGAUUUCAUUUUAAAAUAUAGAGAAAAUAAAACCAUUAUUCUAGUUAGUCAUUAUUUAGAAGAAUGUGAUAUUCUAUCAAAUACAAUUUCAAUUAUCGCAAAUGGUGAAUUAAAAUGCAAUGGAUCAAGUUUAUUCUUAAAGAAUAGAUUCGGUGUAGGUUAUUUAUUAACAAUUUCAAAAGAACAUAAUUCAAUUAAUAAUUCAAAUUUAACAAAAACCAUUAGUGAUAUUAUAUUUAAUCAUAUACCAAAAGGUUCAUUAUUAUCUGAUGCCGGUACUGAAUUAUGUUUUAGAUUACCAAAUGAAUCAAUUGGAAAUUUUUCAAAUUUAUUUAAAGAAUUAGAUGAUAGAAAAAAACAAUUAUCAAUUGAAAACUAUGGUAUUUCAAUUACAACAUUGGAAGAAGUAUUUUUAAAGAUAAUUUCAAAUUCUGAAACAAAUCCAAAUUUUAAUCAAUCAGUUUUAAAUACUGCAUUAAAAACAAAUUCUUCAGGUAUUAAAAGUUAUCAACAAUUAAAAGGAUUAUUAAUAAAAAGGGUCAAAACAUCUAGAAAAGAUAUAAAAUCAUUUGUUCUUUCAAUUUUAAUUCCAAUUUUAAUAUUAGCUGGUGGUUUAAUAUUAUAUAAAAAUAUGAGAACUAUUGAUAUUUAUAAUACAGUUACUCAACCUUUGAUACUUGAUUUUAAUGUUUAUGGUAAAUCAGUUACACCAGUUUCAAUUGAUAAAGUUAAUGAAACAAUGACAUCAUUAUUUGACAAUUCAAUUGGACAUUCAGAUAGAACUACAUUGGUACCAUAUGAUGAAUUACAUGAUUAUUUAAUUCAUCACUAUUUCGGUGUUCCAGGUGCAUUAUAUUUCGAUUUUCGUUAUUUUAAAAAUGUUAAAUUCCUUCAUUAUAAUGUAUUUUUCAAUAAAGAUUAUUUACAUGCUUUACCAAUUUAUAUCAAUUUUGUUGAUUCAGAAAUUUUAAGAUCAGUAACUGGUAAAAGGAUCCAAACAACUUCAUUACCAUUUGAACAUAUUCAAAGUCCAUUAGAAGUGGCUUCAUUGGAUGUUAAUUUCGUUGCAAUUGUUUUCUUUAUUAUUUUAACAUUGGCUUCAUUUUCAUUGAUUGCAGCAUCACAUGCAGGAAACAUAUCACAUGAACGUUCAACUAGAGUUAAAAGAUUAUUAUAUAUUUCAGGUUUAAGAAAAUCAAUUUAUUGGUUAUCAAAUUUAAUUUGGGAUUAUUUACAAACAUUUAUACUAGUUAUAUUUUUAACAAUUGUAAUCAUUGCAGUAGAUGAUAAAUUUAGAACUCAUUUCGAUUUAUAUAUUAGUGGUGUUGUUUUAUUCACAUUUUCAAUUAUUCCAUUAUCAUAUUUAAUGUCAUUUAAAUUUUCAUCACAUGGUAAAGCUGUUGGUGCAAUCUUUGCAAUUCAUUUUGGUGUUGGUUUAAUAUUUACAGUUAUUUCAUUUAUUUUAAGAGUUUGGGCAAUUAAAGAGAAUAGUAUUUCAUUUCAAUUCCUUACUGAUAUAAUUGAAUAUUGUUUCUAUGCAAUUUCACCAUUCUUUUGUUUUUCAAAAAUACUUGCAAUUGUUACAAAAUUCCCAGGUGUAUCAAGAGUUGAUCAAUCAUUUAUAGAUUAUUGGAGUUUUCAUUUUGGAUUAUUACCAAAUGCUAUUUUAUUUUUACAUUGUAUAGUUUGGAUUACUUGGAUACUUUUAAUUGAUUAUUCAAGUGAAAUAAAAGGUAAAUUUACAAUUUCAAAAUUAUUUUCAAAUUCACCAAUUCCAGAUUCAAAUGAAGAUUCUGAUGUUUCAAAUGAAAGAAUCAUUGUAAAACAAUUAUUAGAUAAUAAUACUAAUGGUGGUAGUGGUAAUGUUUAUCCAAUCAUUUUUAAUAAUUUAUAUAAAAAAUUUAAUUCAGUUGGUAAUUAUAAAUCAAAAAUUGCAGUUUAUAAUAGUACAUUAGCAAUACCAACUGGUCAAACAUUUGGAUUACUUGGAUUAAAUGGUUGUGGUAAAUCAACCACCUUAGGAAUGAUCUCUGGUGAAAUUAGUCCAACUGGUGGUAAAAUUAAAUUAAAUGGUUAUGAUUUGAUUAAAAAUAGAAAUGAUGCAUUAACUUCAAUUGGUUAUUGUUUCCAAUUUGAUGCAUUAAUUGGAUUAUUAAGUGCAAGAGAACAAUUAGAAUUAUAUUGUAGAAUUAAAGGUGUUGAUGAGUCUAAAAUUAAAGAUACUGUAAAUGCAUUCAUUCAAAUGAUGGAUUUAGAAUCAAUUUCAAAUUCAAACACAUCCGGUUAUUCUGGUGGUAAUAAAAGAAAAGUAUCAUUAUCAAUAGCUUGCAUUGGCUCACCAUCAAUUCUAUUACUUGAUGAAAUAUCAUGUGGUGUUGAUGCAUGUGUUAAAAGAUUCAUGUGGAAUGUUUUAAUGGAAUUAAAAAAAAAUAAAGCAAUAAUAUUAACAACUCAUUCAAUAGCUGAAUGUCAAGCGGUAUGUGAUAAAUUAACAAUUAUGAAAGAUGGUAAAUUACAAGCAUUAGGAUCGAAUCAACAUAUUAAAGAUAAAUUUGGAAGUGGUUAUUCAAUUGAAGUUAAAUUUAAAAAAGAAUAUCUUGAAAAUGGUGUUGAGUUAUUCUUACAAUCAUUCCCAUCUGCAAGUUUAAUUGACAAUCAACAUGCUUUAUCAGCAAGUUUUGAAUUACCAAAUCCACCAAAUAAUCCAAUUAAAUUAUCUUCAAUCUUUUCAAAUAUUGAACAAUCAUUAAAAUUCAUUUUAGAUGAUUAUUCUGUUAGUCAAACUUCAAUAGAACAAAUAUUUAUAAAAUUAACAAAAAAUAGUAUUACAAAUAUUGAUAAUUAG